CCCUCCCCGCCCCUGCCGCCGCCGGCUGGGUGGUUCCGGCCGCCGGGCCGCUCCGGGACCGGGCCGCUCCGCCAUGCCGCGGUACUGCGCCGCCUCCUGCUGCAAGAACCGAGGGGGCCAAAGCGCCAGGGACCAGCGCAAACUGAGCUUCUACCCAUUUCCACUUCAUGAUAAAGAGAGACUCGAGAAAUGGUUGCGGAAUAUGAAGCGAGAUGCGUGGACUCCCAGUAAGCACCAGCUUCUGUGCAGUGAUCACUUUACUCCCGAUUCCCUCGACGUGCGAUGGGGUAUACGAUACUUGAAACACAACGCUGUACCGACAAUUUUCUCUUCCCCGGAUGAUGAGGGAAAAGACUCUUCUCAGAACACCCCACAAGAGGUAAAGAGAGAAGACCUGGAAGAAACAAAUGCAAAUGUAGAAUCAAAGAAGGCAUCUGUAUCACUUGAAUCUUGUACACCAAAGAAAAAUCCUGUAAUUGCAGAAAAUGUAGAUGAAAAACCAGAAGUAGUUUGCUCAACUGCAUCGAGUAAACCUUUACAAAUUCAAAAACUGCAACUUCAAAAUGGAGAAGACUUUCAAGCAGACUGUGUCAUUCUUGAUAAUUCAUCUAACCAGCAUAUACAUCAACCUAAUCCUGUUUUAAUGGCAGUCCAGAGCAUGGAAGGUACCAGCGUUCCUACUUCUGUAGAGGAUCCAGUAGGUUGUACAGCUACACUCGUGCAUUUUACAGAUGCUGACUACUUGAAUUCAUCUCUGAAACUGAAUGAUGCUUUAGGUCCAAUUACUGACUAUGCAAUUGAAAAUCCAAACUCUCAUGUUAUAGGCUGUUCUGUUGAAGUACAGCCAACAAGUGAAAAUGCAGUUUUACUGAGUACAGUCACACAAGCUAUUGAACAAUUCAGUGGAGGUGAAGAAUCUGUCAUUGCUAUUAUUGUGCCAGCAGAGAGUCCAGAAGAGCCUGAAAUAGUAAAUAGUUCUUUCCUGCCUAUUAAGCAAGAGUUUCUUGACACAGAGGAGGCAGAAAUAGAAACAGAUAAAUCUGUGUAUAUGAAUGCAUAUGAUGGAAGUGAAGUAUUGCAAACCGAGCAUUCAUACUGCAAGCAAGACAUAGACAGAGAUCACCUUUGGCAAAAAAUUUCAAAGCUCUACUCUAAGAUAACUCAACUUGAAAUGCAGGAGAUAAAAACUUUGGGGAGACUCAGGUCGUUGGAAGCACUUAUUGGACAAUUGAAGCAAGAAAACCUGCUUUCUGAAGAAAAGCUGAAGAUUGUAGAAAACUGCUUUACAACACUUGAAGUGACUAUGAUACAGUAAAGGCUUUUGGUAAUUGUUCUAAGAUGUCUUUUUAGCCUCUGACUUUCCUUUUGGACAAAUUAACUUUUGUUUCAGUAAUGGUAUUUUAAACAUCAAAUGCAAAUCAUGUGAAUACCAAAUAUCUUUAAAAUGUUACAUCGACCACUAACGAAGGUAGGUGGUAGAAUAUUGCCUAUAAAACAUGACUUGCAAGUAAGCUUUAAAAAGAAAGAAAACCUGUUAAAGUUUUGUUAAAAAAUAUAUUAAUUGAAUCAGUAAAGAUAAGUUAAACCUUUCAAGCUGUGGGCUCCUCUCAAGCAGACAACUCCUGCAUUUGGGGCAGCAGUAGAAUGGACAGAAUAACUGUAGGGUGGACAGUUGUAAAACUGCUGUUUUGUUUUUUUUUUAAAAAAAAUGUGUCCUAAUUCUGUUUCAAUGAAUAAGGAGGUGUGAAAUGCACAUUGUCCAGUAAGGCUACAAUUACUCUUUAAUCUUCUGUUCAUCUAACAUUUGUUCUGGUAAGUUUUUGUAUACUUUGACAUUAUUAAAAUCGUUUCCACAAUAAAAGGUUUUUCCUUGCAUUUAA